GGGAGCGGGGCAGAGUCCCGGGAUCGGGAUGCGGGCGCGGCCCGGGACGCCGCCUCGUUGCCCGGAGCGACACCAUGCACCCGGCCGUGGCGGUGGGGCUGGUGUUCGGCGGCUGCUGCAGCAACGUGGUGUUCCUGGAGCUGCUGGCCAGGGAGUUCCCGGGAUGUGGGAACAUCGUGACCUUCUCCCAGUUCCUCUUCAUCGCCGUGGAAGGUUUCAUCUUCGAGGCCGACUUCGGGAGGAAGCGCCCGGCCAUCCCCAUCAGGAACUAUUUCAUCAUGGUGGCCAUGUUCUUCACCGUCAGCGUGGUCAAUAACUACGCCCUGAACCUGAACAUCGCCAUGCCGCUGCACAUGAUCUUCCGCUCGGGUUCCCUCAUAGCAAGCAUGGCUCUAGGGAUCAUCAUCCUGAAGAAAAGGUACAGCGUGUCCAAGUACACCUCCAUAGCCCUGGUGUCCCUGGGAAUCUUCACCUGCACGUUCAUGUCUGCAAAGCAAGUGGCGUCUGACUCCAGCUUAAAUCAAGAGGAUGGACCCCAGGCUUUCCUCUGGUGGUUGCUGGGCAUUGCCGCCCUCACCUUCGCCCUGCUGAUGUCUGCCAGGAUGGGGAUUUUCCAGGAGACGCUCUACCAGAAAUUUGGGAAGCACUCCAAGGAAGCCCUGUUCUACAACCACGCCUUGCCGCUCCCUGGAUUCCUGCUCCUGGCUCCCAACAUCUACCAGCACGCCGUGCUCUUCAGCCAGUCCGAGCUGUUCCAGGUGCCGGUGAUCGGCCUGACCCUGCCAAUCAUGUGGUUCUACCUCCUCAUGAACGUCAUCACCCAGUAUGUCUGCAUCCGCGGCGUCUUCAUCCUGACCACGGAGUGCACGUCCCUCACCGUCACCCUGGUGGUGACGCUCCGCAAGUUCGUCAGCCUCAUCUUCUCCAUCCUCUACUUCCAGAACCCCUUCACGGCCUGGCACUGGCUGGGCACCGCCUUCGUUUUCCUGGGAACGCUGAUGUACGCCGAGGUGUGGAACAGCCUCCGGCUCCUCCUGGCCCGCUGCCGGGGGAGGAGGAGGAAGGGGGAGUGAAUCCAGGGGUUUUUCCGGAGUGGAGCAGCAGGGAGCUCCCCCGCCUCUCCCUCUCUUCCGGGGGGUGUUUUUAUAACGGGAGGGCGUUGGCUGUGCCAAGCUCCUGGGAAAACGGGGAGCCUCCGCUGGGAACUUUGGGAACAGAUCAUGGAGAAACAAUCCGCUUAUUUUCCUGCGUUUUUUUUUUUUUUUUUUAAAUCAACCCCUUGUGAUUCCAAUUUUUCCUCCCGGUUUUUUUUUUUCUUUUCCCUCGUUUUUUUUUUUUUUUUAUUAUUAUUUUUUUGGAAUAACCCUUUUUAAGGAAAAGCUGGCCCAGAGCUUUGCUGGGAGCCCAACUUCCGUGCUGUUGGCUUGGGAUCGGCCAUCCUUUGAUUGUCCCAGUGCCUGGAGCUGAUGGCUGAGCCCCGUUCCAGUGGGAUCCCUGGAAUCCCUGUGCUGCGAGGAUGUGGGAUGCAGCCCCAGCUGGAGCUCCCAGUGGAUCCCGAGAGGGCUGGGUUUGCUCUCCUGGGUUUCCCGGUUAUCCUCGUAUUCCCUUGGGAUCGGCUUCCCCGUGGUUUUUGUGUCAGCCUGGCUCAGGCUCCCUGUCCCUCAGUGUCACCCCUGGUUGGUUUUCCUGGAGUUUCCCCGCAGUUUUCCUGGAGCAGCACCUUGUUCCCGUGGUGGUUGAGGCAUCCGGGAGGGAUAAAGGGGGUUUAAUAGCAAAGGAAAAAUGAUGGGAAAAAAAGAAAUCCCAAACUGAUGGAAAGGCAGCGCCUCCCUCCCAGUCACUCCCUGAGCCACGGCCGCCUUUCCAAAACUUCCCUGAUUUUUAUCAGCUGUUUGGGAUAAUCCCCUUCCCAGCUUUCCGUGGCCUCAUCCUUGCUGGGAGGCAGAGUGGGAAAAGGGAAAGGCUCCGUGCUGCACUGGGAGCACCGGUUUAGCCCCGACCCCAAAUCCCAGUGUGGGAAAAGGGAAUUCCAUCCCGGGCAGAGCCAGCCUGGUGCUGCCAGGACCAGCAGCUCCAUCCCGAGAUCCCGAAGGAUUUAUUUUUUCUCCCCAGUUCCUGUUUUUCCUGAGCCUGAAAAAGCUGGAUUUCAAGUGCCAUGGGAUUUUUCCAUGGAUUUUGUAGAUGGGGAAGCUGACCUGGUGUAGGUCAGGUGUUGUUCCAGCUGCUCGUGGUGGCUCCAGGAAGGGCCCAGAGAGAGGCAGAACCUUCAUCCCUGAUUUUCAUCUUCCCAGCUCUUCUCACGGAGCUCCAGCUGGGACUGGGGAGGUGGGAAGCCCGCAGAAAUUUGGGAUGAAGGAUUUUAUGGAGUAGCUGGUGAGGUUCUUCGGGGAUCAAACGCGGUGGGGAAACACCGGAGCCGUAACUCAAGGUCCGGGGGUGUUUUAUCCAGGGACUGUUUUAUCCAGAGACUGUUUUAUCCAGGGAUUGUUUUAUCCAGGGACUGUUAUAUCCAGGGACUGUUUUAUCCAGGGAUUGCUGGAUCCAAGGACUGAGCAGAGCUGCCACGGAGCUGCUCCCAGGUGUGACACUCUGUGCAUUCUCCGGAUCACUCCUCCCCUCCAAGACCUGGCACGUUGUCCCCAAUUCCCGUGGGACGCGGGAAUAUUUUUUUGGAGGGAUUUGGGCGUUCCCUUUUUUUUUUUAAUUAUUAUUUUUAACCACGUCCUUUUCACUCCCAACACAUCAACCUCAGGUUGUUUGUUGCUUUUCAGGGGCAUUUUUUUUUUUUUUUUUAAUCUAAAACUCCCCGGCGUGAUCAGUGCGUUCGGAAUAUUUAUGGAGUCACAAUACGGAAUAUUAUAUAUCGCAGGAACGGCAGCGAGGCUGGGAAAGCUCCGGGCAGAAGGGCCUUGUUAGCCAAAAUUAAUUAAAUCCAGGUCCCCGCUCCAGGCUGGGGCUGCUGAUUAAUUUGGUUUUAGUGUUUCUGCAGAGAUCAGAGCACCCAUUUUUUAUCCGAGGCCGGAGAAGGGAAGGAGCCCGGCCGCCCUUGGGGUGGCUGGUUGGGAUUAGGGUGACGUCUGGGUUGGUUUUUUUAAAAGUGAAAUAAACCCGUAUCCUCUUC